UGGCAAAAGCUUGCGCCAUUGGCCCUGAUCUUCUUCUGUGCAACCUUCAACCACACCCUCCUUGUCAAUCUCAAGGAUGCCAUAAUGGUGACGAGCGGCGGCGCGGAGACGUUGCCUUUUCUGGCAUCCUGCGUGGUGCUGCCAGCUUCCCUCGGCUUCUUCGUGCUCUACGGCCGCAUCCUGGACCUGCACCUUCCCCGCAGCUCCUCCUUCGCGCUGACAGUGGCGCCUCUUCUGGCGGUGUACGCGGGUUUCGCGGCGUUCCUGUACCCGGCCGCGGACAUCCUGCACCCGCACGGCUUCGUCGCCAAAUUUGCGCCGCUGCUUCCCAUCGGCCUGCAUGGCCUGCUCAAGGUGGUGGAGAACUGGACGUUCUCGCUGUUCUUCUGCGUGGCGGAACUGUGGGGCGCGGUGGUAAUCAGCGUGCUCUUCUGGACGCUGGCCAACGAGGUGUGCACGGUGAAAGAGGCCAAGACCAUCUACCCGCUCAUGGGCAUCGCUGCCAACGUGGCCCUGGUCGCCGCCGGCAACUUCAUGAAGGCCAACUCGGAGCUUUCGUGCCUGCGCGUGCUGGUGGCGACUGUCAUGGCUCUCACAGCCGUCAUAUUCGGUGCGGAGGUCUUUGUUGAGCGGCGGAUCGCGGUGGACUCCCACAUUGACCCGGCAGCAGGGAUUAAGAAGAAGAAGGCAAAGCUGUCGGACGCCGUGGCAGUGCUCAGAAGCUCGCCCAUGAUCUUUGCGCUGUCACUCAUGGUUAUCAGCUAUGGCGUCGGCCACCGGCUGUUUGAGUUUGCCUGGAAGGGGCAGCUGCGCAUGCUCUACCCCUCCGCUAUGGCCUACCAGGGCGUGCUGGCGGAUGUAUCGAUAGCGACAGGGUAUGUGACAAUAGCGUUGAUGGUGAGCGGCCGAUUCAUCUUCCAGUACCUGGGAUGGGCCACAGCCGCCUUUAUCACGCCCACAGUGCUGAUGCUGUUCGGCGGAGCUUUCUUCUUGUUCACCCUUUCCGGCAACCCCGCCACCGCCAAAUGGGCCGUGCUGGCCGGCGCCGUCACGCAGGUGUUUGCGCGGUCGUCCAAGUUCUCGCUGUUUGACCCGGCCAAGGAGAUGGCCUACAUCCAGAUGUCCCGCGCAGAGAAGCGCCAGGGCAAGGCAGCCGUUGACCUCAUC